CCGGCGGGGCGCGAUGGCUACGUGGAGGCGGGACAGCCGGCUGACCGGCAGCCAACGGCUGCUGUGCGCCGGGUUGGCGGGGGCGCUCAGCCUCAGCCUCACCGCGCCCCUAGAGCUUGCCGCCGUGCUGGCCCAGGUCGGCGCCAUGCGCGGCCACGCCCGGGGGCCAUGGGCCAUCGGGCUCCAGGUGUGGCGAGCCGAGGGGCCGCGAGCCCUCUGGAAGGGGAACGGGGUGGCGUGCCUGCGCCUCUUCCCUUGCAGCGCCGUGCAGCUGGCCGCCUACCGCAAGUUUGUCAUACUGUUCACAGACGACUUGGGCCAUAUUUCCCAGUGGAGCUCCGUCAUGGCUGGGAGUCUUGCAGGCAUGGUGUCCACCAUUGCGACAUAUCCUACAGACCUCAUCAAAACCCGGUUGAUUGUGCAGAACAUGCUGGAACCAUCUUAUAAAGGCAUCCUCCAUGCUUUUUCUACUAUUUAUCAACAGGAAGGGUUCCUGGCCCUUUAUCGAGGGGUUUCCCUCACUGUUUUAGGUGCUCUUCCAUUCUCUGCUGGCUCCCUUCUCGUUUACAUGAACCUAGAGAAAAUCUGGAAUGGACCUCGAGAUCGGUUCUCUCUCCUCCAGAACUUUGCCAAUGUCUGUCUGGCUGCUGCAGUGACCCAGACCCUCUCCUUUCCCUUUGACACAGUAAAGAGAAAGAUGCAGGCUCAUAGCCCCUAUCUUCCCCAUUGUGGAGGAGUAGAUGUCCAUUUCUCAGGAGCGGUGGACUGCUUCCGGCAGAUUAUAAAGACCCAAGGGAUGCUGGGGCUCUGGAAUGGAUUGACAGCCAACUUACUGAAGAUAGUUCCAUAUUUUGGAGUUAUGUUCAGCACCUUUGAGUUCUGCAAGAGAAUCUGUCUUUAUCAAAAUGGUUACAUUGUGUCUCCUCUGAGCUAUAAACUGACCCCCGGGGUGGAUCAGAGUCUACAGCCUCAGGAAUUACGGGAAUUAAAGAAGUUCUUCAAAACUGGAACACUAAAGUCUAAAAAACCGACUCUGUAAAACUGCGUGGACCGACCUGGAAGUGCACUGACUAAAGGUGUGUUGCAGGCGUAGAUGAGUGUAACCUUAUGAUUGUGCCCGCACAGAGUGAUGAGAGGGUCCUGCUGUCUGCUGCUCUUGGAAAUGAGA